CACAUUACCUUCUUAUAACCAUCAACAAUAAUGACAAACCAUCUUCAAGAUUCCUUAACCACUUACCCAAAACCGGUUUUAACCAAAGAAGAACAAGAAAUCGACGAGAAAAUGGUGAGUUUGCAAGCUGAAAGUAUCGUGAACACCGUGGCCUUCCCUAUGGUUCUCAAAGCCGCCUUCGAGCUUGGCGUCAUCGAUACCAUCGCUGCUGCAGGAAACGACACGUGGCUCUCACCGUAUGAGAUAGCGCGUAGUCUCCCAACCAAACCCACCAACCCGGAGGCGCCGGUGUUGCUGGACCGGAUGCUGCGCUUACUUGUCAGCCACUCGAUCUUGAAGUGCCGUAUGAUUGAAACCGGAGAGAACGGUCGAACCGGAAAGAUCGAGAGGGUAUAUGCAGCCGAACCGGUUUGCAAGUAUUUUUUGAGAGAUAAUGAUGGUUCGGGAUCUCUCGUGUCUCUGUUCAUGUUGCUCCAUACCGAAGUGUUUUUCAAGACUUGGACAAAUCUUAAAGAUGUGAUACUAGAAGGAAGAGAUGCAUUCAACUCUGCCCACGGCAUGAAAAUUUUCGAAUACAUUAAUUCGGAUGAACAAUUCGCUGAGUUGUUUAAUCGUGCAAUGUCGGAACCUUCUACCAUGAUUAUAAAGAAGGUUCUAGAAGUAUACAGAGGAUUUGAAGAUGUAAAUACUUUGGUGGAUGUUGGAGGAGGAAAUGGCACCGUUUUAGGUCUAGUCACUUCUAAGUAUCCUCAUAUCAAAGGUGUUAAUUUCGACUUAGCUCAAGUUUUAACCCGAGCUCCUUUUUAUCCAGGAGUCGAGCAUGUACCUGGAGACAUGUUUAUAGAAGUUCCAAAGGGAGAUGCUGUCUUUAUGAAAUGGAUACUACAUGAUUGGACCGACGAACAUUGUAUAAAGGUUCUAAAGAAUUGUUGGAAAAGUCUACCUGAAAAAGGGAAAGUUAUCAUUGUAGAGUUGGUUACACCAAAGGAACCAAUGAGUGGUGACUUAUCCUCUAACACUGUCUUUGCCAUGGACUUGUUGAUGUUAACACAAUGCUCCGGUGGUAAAGAGCGAUCUCUUUCGCAGUUCGAGAAUUUGGCGUUUGCGUCAGGUUUUCUUCGAUGUGAAAUCAUAUGUCUUGCCUAUUCAUAUUCUGUUAUUGAAUUCCACAAAUAAGAUUUGGAAUUUACGAAAAUGAAACAAUGAUUGGUUUGUUACAUCUGAAAUGAAGGGCGCUACAAAUCUUCUACUUUUCAUAUGUAAAAUGAAUAAAAUAUGAGGAGCUUU